CACGUGGUACAAAUGGAGAACAUGCAGGCGGAGCUCGCCACCUUGUAGAGAGAGUGGAAGCUUUUCAAGCUACACGUGUGCGAUUUAGCAUUCCAAGUGUAUAAGAAGCGUGCAUGAGUAAUCAAGGAAGAUGAUUGUGAUUGAGAGGGAUGAGGGAUCUUCCGAUCAACUACCAGCUGCAGAUCUGAGUUAAGAAAUAAUGGAUUUAACUCCUGAUCUGAUUUUGGAUGAAUUCAGCCUGGAGCAACAGAUAAUGGAGUUUAAUGAAACAAAUCAACUCCUUGAUUUAUUAAAGUUAAACACGGAGAAAACAAGUGAAGAGGGGAAGUUACAUACAAUGGCCAGUAAUGCCCCUGGCUUGGUGUUGGAUGAUGAUCAUUUAGAAUCAACUGAAACUCUUCUUAAUGAUCUUAUCCAUAGUGUGUGUGGUGUAGAGACUCACUCUUCUAAAGUCAUACCUCCUAAAACAGAGGGUAAUAAUACAAUUAAUGAUGCAAAAUGUGAUAUAGUAAAGGCAACAACCUCCACAACAGGUAGCAAUGAGUCACCGAGACUCCACUUCCAGUUAAGUGAUAAUAUGAAGAAAGGGCUGUCUAUGCUGGCCUUUCCCUCUAAAAAGACCACUACUCGAAAGAAGGCCACAGCAUCCCGCACCACCUCAAAUUCUAGAAUUACAAUAGGUGAAGCCUUAGAGAAAGCACAGGAUGCAAGGAAAAGUAUAUCCAGUGUUAUAAAAGGAGUGGGGCAACCAGAGAAUAUUGAGGGAGCCAUAUCUUCAGAUCCUGCAGUCCAACAUCUUCCCUUGGGCAGUUCUGUGGUAAUUGGGUCAGUACCACCAGGGAAGACGAGGAUGGAUACAGGGGUGGAGAUGGGGCUUUCAGGGAAGACUGGUGUGACCAUGAGGGUCACUGUUGGGGAAAAAGAGAACUGGAGAAACACUACCACAGAACCAGCUCACAGUGUCCCAGCUUCUCCAAUUGAAGGUCCUCAUAAUGACCAGCAAGUUAGCAUGUCUACCUCAAGCACUGAAGGUAAGAGAGUGCCACUGGCAGGCAAGGCUAAAUCCUCUGCAACAACCAGAAUUAAGCUGUCAGCCAGGAUGUGGGAGCUCCUAAGAUUUACCUUCAUACAUGAACACUUUCCAACAUCUGUCCACAUGGCACGGCUGGCCAAAAUGAUGGGAGUGCAAUGGUCACAAGUCAGAAACUGGUUCACUGAUCGCCGUGUGGAAAAUAAGAGAAGUGGUAUAUUUCCCCGAGAUAAAGUUCUCUUAUGCUGUCCGUACUGUGAGGUCUCCCUGGAAAGCGAAGCAGAUCAGAAGAAUCAUCUGUUCUCAAAACAACAUGUUCGAAAGGUUCUAGGGCCAGAAUUCAAUGGUGGAAAUGCUGCAGAAGCUAUCAAAUGGAAGAAGCUUCCCAACGACAUAAAUGCUGUCAGUAAGUCGUCAGGAGCAAGAGUGCUGGCUGUUGGUUAUGCCAGCACUGCAGGAAAUGAAACUCUACUGGGCCCUGAAGAUGGUCAGUCAGAUGCACCUAAAAAAUUAAUGGAUGCAUUAGAUGUUUCAAAUGAAGUUAAAUUAAAAAGGCUCCAAAAACGUUGGAAAGAAUCGGUGUUACUUCAGAGUGAGAGGGAGCAAGAUGCAAAGUGGAGUGCCUCAGGAACACCUUUGAAUAAGAAACCUGUUGAGAUCAAAGGUGGUAAUGAUAAAGGGGAAGAAAAGAAAGACGAACAAAGCGUUCUGUUUAUUAAGAUGGAAGAUGGGGAGGAAAGAUUUGUGAAAAAUGUAAGUGAUGAUUACAGUCAGUCCAGUGCAGAAAUAUUAGAUUCAGAAAAUUUUUUGGUCAACAACAAAAGUGUUUCUGUUUCUACAACUGUGAGUAGUAACAUUCCUUUAGUCGGCCUUGGUGACCCGUGUUCUAGUAAAAGUGAGAAUCUUGGGUGCCAAAAUGUGUGUGAUUCUGUCAACAUAAAAUUGAAUGAUGUUCCUAACACCACGUUGGCUCGUAAAAGAAAAUUAUCACACGAAGGAGAAAAUAUUGAUAAUGGUAAAUAUGCUGAAAGUUCAAAAUUACCAAGAGCCCUGCUAAAAGAGCCCAAAAUUGAAAAAGAUUCUGGUUUUGAGGAAGUUAGAAAAAAUAUGAGUACUGAUGCUAUAUGCAAAGUAAGUAACCGUCAAGACCAGGAGAAAAAAAUCACUGCUUCACCUGUGAGAGUGACUGAGCAGCCCACACUUAAUGCAAGUUCCACUAAUCCCAGAAAUAUAACCCCUUUGUUUAGUCAGUCUUUACUGGAUGUUUCAAGACUAGGAACUAAAGUCCCAGAAAGUUCUUAUAGUAAUACAAACUUCCAACAGGUAUACUCCAGAAAGACACACACUGUACGAGUAUCAUACUCUGGCUCGCCCCACGUCAGAUCUCUCAGAGGUAUCAAGCAUUCAUUAGAUGAGACAGCAGUUCUUGGAUAUCAGUGCCCAACAUGCUCAAAAAUUUUUCAGACAGAGUGGCAAAUGUUAAAGCAUAGCCUUACUCACUGCAGGUAUCUGUGUGACAUAUGUGAGCAAAAAUUUACAUCGGAAAAUAUGCUGAAGCGUCACAUACAUGCUCAUCUUACUGGUGCAUAUGAAGAUGAAAAAUACUAUUGUCGGUUUUCUUGUAAAACUUGUCACAGCCUUGUAUGUGAAUGUUAUGAACCAAUUUACUGCAAACCGAGGGAAAUGCCUAAGGGAUAUACUAGGCCACAGAAAGCAAGAAGAUCAAAGAAAACAUUCAUUAGUAAACCCAAUUCUGCCCCCAAUGAUCAUCUCAUUGUUACAGUAGGAGAAUACAAGAAAUUCGUUAACAAUCCUUCUGGUUUAGGGAAUGUCAGAAGUGCAAGACAGGGGGCUCAUGUACAAAAAAAAUCAAGUACAGUGCCAGGAAAGUCCAGUAUCCAUCCUACACAGAAACUGCAGAUACGAAGUAACGUUGAAGAAAGAGCUUGCAAAGAAACUGAUGUAAAGCACACAAAACUUCACGUCGAUGUAAAGCACACGAAACUUCACGUUGAUGUAAAGCACACGAAACUUCAUGUUGAGCCAAAGGAAUGUGAGAGUCAGGACAAUGCAAAGCAAACUACUGUAUCAGUAAGCAGUCCAAAAGAUACAGCUCAGACAUUCAUAUCUAACAUUGUGACUAGUAUAAAAAUUGAACCAGUUGCUUCUUCCAUAUCAGAAGAUAUUAUUAUUGAAGAGGAAUUCGAUGGCCCAAACAGGGGUAGGAGAACAGGUAGCCGUAGAAGAUCCAGCAAAUUAUCAAGUAAUUUUAUAUAUAAAGAUACCGAUUUUUAUUAUAUGUGUGAAAUGUGUGAUGCGAGUUUCUUGUCCAAGGCAGAAUUGAGCGAGCACAUGUUCUUCCAUAGACUUAAGUCACGCAGCCGUAGGGGGGAGAAGAGAGGUACACCUGGCACGGCAGAAGAAGAAAGAGAAGAAGUUUUGAAGAGAUUAAAAGUAGAAGAGCUCCAAAACAGUGAGGAAGUUGAGACUAUUAAUGUGGGAGGGUUUGAAAGGUUUAAAUGCCCCAUGUGUAAAGGACAUUUUGAAUCAGUACCAGAUUUGAAUAGGCACAGGACCCAAGCCCAUAAGGGCGUUGAUACAGAUAUAUCACUUGAUGAAAAGGUUCCAGUUCGAUGUGCUGAAGUGUUCCAAUGUACCUACUGUGAAAAAUUUUAUCGCCGGGAACGAGAACUGCGGAGGCAUCUCAAGCAUGAUUGUGUCAGAGCCCCCAAAUACCUAAAAUCUAAACUAUCUUUGGGUGUUACACUCAGUUAUCUAGAAAAUAUGGGAGAUGGACCACACUAUCGAAUGGUUAAGAGAAAUCAAGAUGAAAAUCUAACAAUUGAUUCAUCUCCUACAAAAACUCCUCCCAAAGUAGCUCAGAGAGGACCCAUUACUUGUAAAUAUUGUAAUUUAGUAACAAGGAGAGAAGCUGAAAUGAAAAGGCAUGUUUGGAAGUACUGUUCAAAAGUUCCAAAGGAUAUUGUGAAACGAUUCAAAGAGGGUGCCACUUUAGCAGAGCUAGGCUUUGUAUUUUGCAAUGAAAAAUUCGAAUCGCCAGAAAAGUCCUCUCCAAUUUCUGACUCAUCACCAAAUGAAAAGGAGAAAUUCUCUUCAAUACCUGUGUGUGAAAUAUUAUCUUCAUCACCUGUGUCACAGGUAACUUCAACUCCAUCAGUAUCUUCAUCACCUGUGUCACAGGUAACUACAACUCCUUCAGUAUCUUCACCUGUGUUGCAGGUAACUACAACUCCUUCAAUAUCUUCACCUGUGUCGCAGGUAACUACAACUCCAUUAGCAUCUUCAUCACCUGUGUCACAGGUAACUACAACUCCUUCAGUAUCUUCACCUGUGUCGCAGGUAACUACAACUCCUUCAAUAUCUUCACCUGUGUCGCAGGUAACUACAACUCCAUCCUCUGAUUCCCAAGCUACCAUACCCGUGUCCAGUCCAAUGCUAGCAUUACCAUUACCAAUGGUAUCAUUUUCCAAAUCAAAAGAGCCUUUGGUGUGUUCUUAUUGUGGCAUAUGGUAUUUCCGAGAGGUGGCUAUUCUGAAGCACAUGAAGGAACGAUGUAUCCGACUACCACUUAUUGAAAGAGAGCUUUUGAAAAAUGGAGGUCGGCUCUGCAAUGUGCUUCACAAAGAGAAUGAAGUAAACGAAUCUUCUGAACUGUGUAAAGCAGUAUAUAAAAAGGUUGAAGUGCCUAAGAAUUUGCCAGAUUCUGUUCAAGAUUCCUUACAACAAAACUUAGACUCUUCAUCCACAGACAUUAUGGGGACAAGAGUGGAAGCUAAAGCGAGUGAUGAAGGCAAGAAAGAGGAAGAUUCUACAGCAAUAAGUGAAGUACAAACACCUGUUCCCGUGACUCCGGCACCAGCUACACCAACUACAGGACGAGGCAGACCAGGACCAAACAAAAGAGGCACAAGAUGUCGAAGAUGUCAUGAAACCUUCAAAACACCGGAUGCAGUUCUUGCACAUAGUAGUGUACACCAUGGACCAAAGAAGGGCUUUUAUAAGUGUAAAUUGUGUCACCUAAGACUAGUCAAAUACAAACAGUUAAGAGAACAUGUAUGGGAACACACAGAUGAGACCCCUUAUAAAUGUCAUGUGUGUGAGGUUAAGUAUAGGUUCAGUGAUUUACUUGUAGAGCAUCUUCAUGCCAUUCAUCAAUAUAAAUUAAUCAAUGAAAGAAAUCUCUAUAAGUGGUUACCAGGGCGUAAUGGGAAAUAUAGAGAAAUAAAACCAGUAGUUAAAGAUAACUGUGAAGAGAGAUUGGAAGAUAUAGACACUAGUUUGGAUAAUGUUGCUGAAGUUAUGGUGAUUACAGAUAAAGAUGUUUGGACUAGUAAAAAUGAAGCAGACACGUCAGUAGAUAGUGAAAUAGUUGUUGCUGGGAAAUUGGACAAAGUUUCAAAAGAGGAAGUUGAUGACCAUAGUCAACCUUUAAAAUCAGAAGAGAGUGCUGUUCAGAAAUCACCUGAAAGAAAUACCUCGGCUAAUUCGGAGUUAGAGAGCGAAAAGUGUAUUCCAAACAAGAGUGAUGCAGAAGUAAAUAAAUCUACUGUAAAUGCAAAUCAUUCUGUGGGUGAAAAGGAAAGUACUGAAGAUGGAGACAAAGAUGAUCAAGCUGUGGGGAAAAAUUUUAAAAAAGUGGAACAGGAGAUUGUAAAUGUGGGAGAGGUCACUGUAGAAUUAAAAGAGAAAUGUACAAAGGCAAGAGAAUCAUCUGAAAAAUUAGGAGUGGUUACUGCAGAGAAUGAAGAUGAGAAGUCCAAUAUAGACUCAAAGGCUGAAGAAGAAGAAACAGAUUUGGAAGCACAGAGUGAAAAGAUUGAAGGAGUUACCACAGAAUUAAGAAAGGAAACUCCAGCUGCAGGAAAUGAGAGCAUACAGACAGAUUUUGCUAAUCAAGAAAAGGUAUCUAAAUGUGUGGACAAAUUGAACACAAAGAGUGGGGCAAAACCUGACACUCAAGACUCAGGGAAGUUAAGAAGUAUAGUAGCUGAAGAUGAGGAAGGUUUUGCAGAAAAUGGAGAAGGCCUUUUGUCAAAUGUAGAAAACCUUGAAAGUGUCAUAGAAACCAUUCAGCUUACUGAUAAAUAUCUUGAAACUUGAACACACUAUACCAAGAGUCCUAACAAUACCUAUGUCUUUGAAAUUUUUUACUAUUUUCUUUGCUGUUAUUGGAAAUUUAGUUUAAAUCAUAUUGUUUCUUCACUAUGCACAUAUGUAUUAUUUAUGUUUUAUUAUUUGAUCUGAUAUGUAGUAUUAGACAUAAACAGUAAAAAAACUGUUUGUUACUAAACCACCACAAAUGUGCCAUGUUUUGACCAAAAUAUAUUUUGAUGUCACAAAUUAUUCUGAACGCAUUUCAGGGAUAUCUCCACCUCUUAAUUUGUGAUACCUAUUUUGGAGUUACAGUAUAUGAUAUGUAUAUAACUAGGUGAUAAGGAACUUUUUUAAGUGAUUUAUUAGACCUAAGUACAAAUAAAUAAUAUUAUAGGAA